AUGCGGUUGUGACGUAAUGAAAACGCGACACAACCGGAAAUUCAAGUGAAGCGAAGAGAAAGUGGAACGAACGGAAUCACAAUGAAUACCAGAGGACUCCGCUCUCAGCUGAAAGACAGCGUACCGGUGGCCGGGCUGUGUCCGCAGGGAGCUUACGGGGUGCAGGACUCUCUGCGCAGCGGCUUCACCAGUGUAAAGAACGAGCUCCUUCCCAGCCACCCGCUAGAGCUGUCAGAAAAAAAUUUCCAGCUAAACCAGGACAAGAUGAACUUCUCAACACUCAGAAACAUCCAGGGUCUUCAUGCUCCACUCAAGCUGCAGAUGGAGUACAGGGCGGCUAGACAGAUCCAGCGUCUGCCGUUCUUACCGAGCUCACACCUGGCUGUGGAUACGCUGCGAGGCAGUGACGACUCCAUCGGCUUCGAGGACAUCCUCAACGAUCCGGCCCAGAGUGAGAUGAUGGGCGAGCCUCACAUGAUGGUGGAGUACAAACUGGGACUGUUGUGAGAGAAGAAGGACACGAUCCACACAUAGAUUCUUACGUCUGCAUACAUUUAUCAUCUUUAAAAGAAAAAAAUUAGCAACUCAGCUGCUGUACGGUUGGAGUGACUAGUUUUGGGCAGGAAGCGGGCUUGAUGUGUGAGUGGGGUGAGUUUGUAAAAUACAUGUGUGUUAAAACGGUCAUGCAGACAGACUUCAUGGCUGCUUUUGUAUGAUUCCAGUCGGGUUGUUAUUUCUAAUAAACUUCAGAACUUUCCCCAUGA